ACAUUAAAUCAGGUAUUACUCAUACAGUCCGUCAUAAUUACCAGACAGAUAAAUUAACCAGUGGAACUGAUUGAAAGCAAAUGAAGAUACCUGUCACCCCAAAGCCUUCUGCUAUAUAAGCCUAGCGUGCACCCAAAAGGCAACAGCAAAGCGCGCGGCCAGCGAACGGGAGGGACUGGAGACACUGGGUGGGGAAGGCGGACUGUAUGGAGAGGAUACCAUCUUCGCAAGUGUAACGUUAUCAGUACAGAGCCGUUGUAGGACAUUUUCCCACGUUAAGGGCUGCAGUCGCACUAACUAAACAUUUAUUUUUCCACUUUUCGUAGUAUCUCACAAACUUGCACGCAAUUCUUCGAUCUGUCUUUUCUGCUAGAGGGGCAGUUUCACAGUUGCGCGCAACAGCCGACAGAAACAUGAAGCUGCUGUUAUCUUUUGUGGUAGUUUUCAUUCUUGCAGAAGUCUUUUGUGAAGAAGUGGGUCCAAACGAAGGUGUUAACUACUGGACGCACACCAGUGAAAUACCGGAUGACUGGCUUGCGUCUGGCCCUUUUAAGGAGAUCCUGAGAAGAAUGACAAGGAAACCGCGGCCACACCAGUUCUUCGGUCUGAUGGGGAAACGGUCCCCCCCAAACCCACAGAUAACCCGCAAAAGACAAAAACUUAACUCCUUCGUCGGACUUAUGGGGAAGAGGAGUCAAGAGGAACCAGAGUCGUACGAAUGGAACACAGAACACAAUUACGGUGAACGCUGAUCUGCAUUGGUUUAAAUCUGCUUUAGCCCUCAGAAUGUCAUUCUAAAAAAAGAUGGAAAGAUAAGAUUUUAUAUAUAAUCAAUUGUAGGUUAAAUAAAACUUUUUCCCCCCACAUUAUGAUUAUAGUACUUCUGGCAAAUACGUUCUUUUCUUUUUUUUGGGGUACAAAUGUGUUAAUUUACUAUUACCACAAAUAUAAAACAGUACGUUUUUCAUAUGUAAAUUGCAGGAGUUCCGGAUAGUCAAGCAAAAGACUCUUACGGAGAAAAUUGCGUUGCACUGCCAUGUUCUGUCUAGUGCCUCAUAGUUGACUUUAUCUACUCUGCGUUGUAAAUAUGUUCCUGUGUCUUUUCGUGCAUGUAUCUCUGGCUGUACAUUAACGAGUCGUUAUCAAGCAAUCUGGUAUGAUAGUAAAUGGCAUCCUGGUUUGUCA